CUCUCCUCGAUCAACAACCUCGGCUCGCUGCUGGAGGCCAAGGGCGACCUGGACGGCGCGGAGGCGCUGUUCCGCGAGGACCUGGCGGCGAGCCGAGAGACGCUCGGCGACCGGCACCCGGACACGCUCAUGUCGAUCAACAGCCUCGGCGUGCUGCUGGCGGCCAAGGGCGACCUGGACGGCGCGGAGGCGCUGCUUCGCGAGGCGCUGGAGGGGUGCCGAGAGACGCUCGGCGACCGGCAUCCGAAGACGUUCUCCUCGAUCAACAACCUCGGCUUACUGCUGCAGGACCAGGGCGACUUGGACGGCGCGGAGGCGCUGUACCGCGAGGCGCUGGAGGGGCGGCGAGAGACGCUCGGCGACCGGCACCCGAGCACGCUCCUCUCGAUCAACAACCUCGGCUCGCUGCUGCAGGACCAGGGCGACCUGGACGGCGCGGGGGCGCUGUCUCGCGAGGCGCUGGAGGGGAGACGGGAGACGCUCGGCGACCGGCACCCGAGCACGCUCGACUCGAUCAGUAACCUCGGCUCGCUGCUGCAGGACCAGGGCGACCUGGACGGCGCGGAGCCGCUGUGUCGCGAGGCGCUGGAGGGAAGCCGAGAGACGCUCGGCGCCCGGCACCCGAGCACGCUCACCUCGAUCUACAACCUCGGCUUGCUGCUGAAGAAGAAGGGCGACCUGGACGGCGCGGAGGCGCUGUACCGCGAGGCGCUGGAGGGGCACCGAGAGACGCUCGGCGACCGGCACCCGGACACGCUCACCUCGAUCGACAACCUCGGCUUGCUGCUGCGGGACCAGGGCGACCUGGACGGCGCGGAGGCGCUGCACCGCGAGGCGCUGGAGGGGCACCAAGAGACGCUCGGCGACCGGCACCCGGACACGCUCACCUCGAUCGACAACCUCGGCAUGCUGCUGUACGCCAAGGGCGACCUGGACGGCGCGGAGGCGCUGUUCCGCGAGGCGCUGGCGGCGAGGCGAGAGACGCUCGGCGACCGGCACCCGGACACGCUCACCUCGAUCAGCAACCUC